UUCCCUCCCACCCAAGGACGUAAUAUUCCACUGUUACAGUCGAUUCAAAUUCAUUGCGUCCGCCUCUGAAUCCAACGACUGCAACAAAAAGGAAAAAAACGGAGAAAGGAGGGAGGCGGCACAAGAACCGCGGCCGUCCCCCAGUGGCCGUCUCCCCUCCCCUUCCCAGCUCCGCCAUUGUCAAUCCAUUCACCCCUUCCGUGUAUCCUCUCUCCUCUGAUCUCUCGCAAGAGAAGCCGGCACAAGAAAACUCUUUCUGAGAUCUCCGCCAUUUGCCUCGCGCUUCCCGUCGAUCGGUUCAUUGGUUCGAGUCUCCGAUUCCUAUCCCUUUUUUAUCUUUCGUCAGCUUGAUUUCUUCUCCUUCCGGUCAACUCCUCGAUGAUCGCUUUCCUCCGGUACCGUCCGAUUUAGGGUUUUUUCUUCUCCGCCGAAGCACUAGGGUUUCUUGUUUCUUGCUCUUGUCUGAUUGGUGAUAGAACAGUCUGAAAGAGUUUUGGGUAUUGGACAAAGGAAAUAGCUAGGAUCAGGGUUCUUCUUAUUCUCAUUUCCUCGUCGAAUUAGGGUCUAGGGGUCCUCACGCAAACCAGGCGCCACGUUCUUGUCAUCUACGGGCUACGGGCUUUUGUUUAUUUGUUUUACGGAGAAGGGACGGGGACUAUGUCCAUCUUACAGAAGGGUGAUUCGAUCCAUAUCCGCGAGGUUUGGGCGGAUAAUCUGGAGGAAGAGUUCAUGUUGAUAAGGGAGAUUGUGGACGACUAUCCCUACGUAGCGAUGGAUACAGAAUUCCCUGGGAUAGUCGCCCGACCGUUAGGGAACUUCAAGACGAGCACCGAUUUCCAUUACAGGACUCUGAAGACGAACGUCGACAUGCUCAAGCUGAUCCAGCUAGGCCUCACCUUCUCGGACGAGUUCGGGAACCUCCCUACCUGCGGCACCGAUAGGUUCUGCAUCUGGCAGUUCAACUUCAGGGAGUUUAACGUCGGCAUAGAUGUCUAUGCGAAGGACUCCAUCGAGCUUCUCAAGCAGAGUGGUAUCGACUUCAAGAAGAACAAUGAGAAGGGGAUAGAUGCGCAGAGGUUCGCUGAGCUCCUGAUGUCAUCAGGGAUCCUCCUCAACGAUGCCGUCCACUGGGUCACCUUCCACAGCGGGUACGAUUUUGGGUACUUGCUCAAGCUGUUGACAGGGCAGUACCUGCCGGAGACGCACACCGGCUUCUUCAACCUGAUCAGUAUUUACUUUCCCACCGUCUACGAUAUCAAACAUCUGAUGAAGUUCUGUGACAGUCUGCACGGGGGGCUAAACAAACUCGCUGAGUUGCUUGAAGUAGAAAGGGUUGGCAUAUGCCAUCAGGCGGGGUCUGAUAGCCUUCUCACCUCUUGUACAUUUCGGAAGCUGAAGGACUCCUUCUUCAAUGGGUCGACUGAGAGAUAUGCUGGAGUACUUUACGGUUUGGGUUUCGACAAUGGGACUAGUAUGCAUUGAGGCAUAGUAAAAUAAGGCAUGUUAGGGAGCGAAUGCAAUCUAGCUAAAUUAGGAGGGAGAUGAAAGUCGAAAGAAAGAAAAAGGAACUGAAUUUUGAGUAUGCCUUGGAUAAUGAAUUUUCCAACAUCUCCUCUUCAUUGUACACACGUGGAAACGGGGAAACAAGUAGUUUGUUCCUCUCAAGUAAUGAGAAUUUAAAUGUUCCAUUUUA